CUGUACAGGCAGUAGCGUGGUCAGCUGAAAUCAGUGGUCCUUUAGCUGGAGGUGACAUUCAGUGGGCUAGCAGAAACGGGGUACACUUAGCAUCUAUAAACGCUUCAACAUGGCACAGGCUGUGCAGAAACUGGUUGGGAAAGUACCUACUCUAAUUGGAGCCGCUGUCACCUAUUCCAAACCUCGGCUAGCAACCUUCUGGUACUAUGCUCGCGUUGAGCUGGUUCCCCCGACCCCGGCUGAGAUCCCCAAAGCCAUCGAGGGAGCCUCAAACCUGAUCAAGGGUUUCCAGACGGGCCGCCUCGGUCAGACCACUGUGAAGGAUGCUCUGAGGAAUGGGCUGGUUGCCACUGAAGUUCUGAUGUGGUUCUAUAUCGGAGAGUGCAUUGGCAAAGGCGGUCUUGUUGGCUACAAUGUCUGAUAUUUUUUGGACUGUGAUGUUGUUUUUUCCUUUUGAGCGUUCUAUGCUCAACCUCCUGUAAGAAUGCUGGGAACCAAUAAAUGGAUAUCUAUUGUUUGUUUCA